ACUGGAUAGUUGUUGUAGUCAUUGUGGUGGUCGUUAAAAAUCCCCAGGCUUUGCGUUUUGACUGUUUUUCUUUUCAAUGACUUCAACUCUAAAGGAAAUUAUAAUGUGUUAAGGAAAUUUUCUGGAUAUGAGUUACCGUUAUAUCCCAUCAUUAAUUCGAAAUGCGCCCCGCUUAAAAACCCGAGGGAUUGAAAUUUUGCGCGACCCACGGACAAAUAAGGGUUCCUCGUAUACUCUCCAUGAGCGCCAACUUCUGGGGAUCCAUGGACUGUUGCCACCGAAUCCUCAAAAUCAAGAUGUUGAGGGACAACGAGUUAUUUCAAACCUUUAUCAGCUUGAUGAUAAUCUUAGCCGUUACAUGAUGUUAAUGUCUCUCCAAGAUCUUAACGAAAAGCUGUUUUAUAGGACUAUCAGAACACACUUAGAGUAUUGCUUGCCUCUUAUUUACACACCUACUGUAGGCUUAGCAUGCUUGAAUUUCGGUUUUGUUUUCCGAAGGCCUCGAGGUAUUUAUAUUACAAUUCAAGAUAAAGGGCAUAUUUUUACUUUACUAAAGAAUUGGCCUGCUGAUACAAUUAAGACAGUAGUCAUGACUGAUGGCGAACGUAUAUUGGGCUUCGGAGAUAUGGGCGCUAAUGGAAUGGCUAUUCCUCUAAGCAAGGCUGUUCUGUACACUGCCUUAGGAGGCUUACAACCUAAUCAUUGUCUACCUGUAAUGUUGGAUGUUGGUACAAACAACGAAAAGCUUCUGGAGGAUGAGUUUUAUGUUGGUCUUCGACGGAAACGGGCCUCUGGAGAAGAGUAUAUUUCUUUCAUGGAUGAAGUUGUGGAGUCAUUGUCAGCCCAUUAUGGACCAAAUGUCUGUCUGCAUUUUGCAGACUUUAAGAAUUCAAAUGCUUUUCAACUUUUAGAGCGAUAUCGUCCGAAUCACAUAACAUUCAACGAUGAUAUACAAGGUUCUGCUGUGGUUAUUGUAUCAGGUCUGAUAACUGCAUCCAGAGUGACACAAAAGAAAAUAUCUGAGAACAAUUAUCUCUUUUAUGGUGGCGGGGGAGCCUCUAUCGGCAUAGCACGUUUGUUAGUACAAGCAAUUAUGGAGGAGGGUUUCUCUGAAGAUGAAGCUAAAUCACGUAUUUUUAUAAUGGAUUCUAAAGGUUUAAUUGUUACAAGUCGUGAACUUAGUGCAGCAAAAUCAGAAUUCGCUCGUUCUGAUUAUCCUCAAAUAGAUUCACUUUUGGAAGCUAUUCGAUUCAUUCGACCUUCUGUUUUGAUUGGUGCUUCUGCACAAAGCGGUGCAUUCACGCGUGAUAUUCUUCGUGAACUGUCGACAAUCCAUAAGACUCCUAUCAUAUUUGUCCUGAGCAAUCAAUCAAAUCUAGGAGAAUGCACUUCCCAGAUGGCUUAUAAGGCUACAGAAUGGCGAUGUAUAUUUGUCAGUGGUUCUCCUUCAGAACCUGUUCGAACACCAGAUGAUCGUAUAUUAAAACCGAGUCAAGGAAAUAACUGCUAUGUUUUUCCAAGUUUGGUUAAUGCAUUAUCGUUGGCUGCGAUUCGUCCGCUGACCAAUAAAUUGUUAUUGACUGCGGCAAAGGUAAACGAGACUAUUGUUUGAUGUUUUUUCUUUCUAAUUUAUUCUUUUUUGUAAAGAAACAAACAAAACAAAUUAAUAAACAUAUUGAAUUUAUUAUGGUUUCAGCUUAAUAUAGGCGUUCGUUUUCACAAAUGUUCUCAAAUAAAGUGUAAUGAUCGGUACUUUCAAAAUUCUUAGUUGCCCAAAGGCUAUAAAAGCAUCUUGGCUAAAAUAUAUUAGCUUAAUACUACUCUGCUAUAUCUAAAAUGUUUCUAAGCAGUCUCAUCGCACUUACCACGUCUGACACCGAUGUUUCUGGAUCUUAGUAGUCAUUUACGAAGGCUACCAACCCAGGACUUAUAAACUCCAGAAACAUUUCACCUCUUCAUUGUUACGUAAUAGUGUCAUGUACAGCACGGAUAUGCCAUUCACACAAGUCAGAAAAUCCAAAUCAAUAUUAUUACCGCGACUCUUUCAUUACAACUAAGAUACACUGUGGUAUAUUCAAAAAUAAAACUUUGCGAUGUGUGGGAAUGAGAGUAAAACGUGAUUGGUCAUUGAGCGUGGACAAACAGUCACAGCCUCCUAGCUAUUAAAUAUAUGAUUUCCUUCCCUCUCUGAUUGAUUUUUACUCCGAACCCACUGAGUGUGACCACUUGUAAUUGCGUGAAAUAAAGUACUAUGUAGGGUUAUUCUGGGUCUGGAAUCCUGGAUUUAUUAUAACGUGACUAGUCUCAUUGUCGUAGUAUACCUGAGUGAGAGGAAAAUAAUUUGAAUCAUCUGUUAUAUCACUUUGCCAUUAGGAAAGUUCUCCAACCACAUACGUCAAUGGCAAUAGCAGCUAAUGGUUGUAGUUAUUUUACAUCACAAAAAUAAUGACGCGUGGUGGUGUUGGCGCUAAAAUCGGUCUCGUUCCUAACACAUGGGGCGAAUGUUCACAAAACCGGUACCCAAUAUCCCAGUAGUUAAUCGGAACCCGAUCGAUAAGUUUGGUAAGAGGCAUACUCACUUGAUAGUGGAUUUACCCAAACCCAUUCACUGGAUUUUUGUAUCAAAACUAUCUGAAUUAGUUACAGACGAUGAUAUACGUCAAGGUAGUAUGUAUCCAUCAAUUGCUCGAUUGCCAACAAUUACAAAAGAAGUCUCUUGCGCUAUUAUGGAACAAGCAUACAAGGAUAAAAUUGCAUUUUUUACUCCAGAACCAGAUAAUAAGAUGGAAUUUAUUGAAUCUUACUAUUAUGAUCAUAGAUAUAUUAAUUUUACACCCGACCAAUAUGUUUGGUAGCCAUUUUGACUCAUUUCUAUUCCGUGUUUCCUCUAUCUAUUUGAACAGAACUCGAUCGAUUACUUAAAUUUUAUCUUCAAACUGGUAAGAAUGAUUUCAUCAUAUGUAUUAAUAAUGUAUGGCUAUUUCUUACUAUCUAUUCGUUUUAAAGUGUUGAUUUAAAUAUCGAUAUUCGUUGUAUUCAUACCUUUCUUCUGUAAGACUAUUUUUCUGUCAAACGGUUUGUACGAUCUGUGAAAAAUGUUUUUCAGUAAAUAACUAUACCUUUCAACUGUGGUAAUUAAAAAAGUAAUAACGUCUGCCUUAAAUGUUCAAAAGGCAUCAAUAGCUUC